AUGGAACAGAAACGCACCUGGAUUAAGGCGGCUGUGUUGACCGCUGCGGCACUGUGCACCCAAGCAGCAGAGGUGACUCUGGCAAGCGCGAUGGGGCUGCGACGCCAGUACACGAUAGGCCUGCUGCCUCAAAUUCUGGUCGAAAGGUUACUACAAAUAAGCACACGCUUUCUGCUGUUGACAAGCAUCUCUGUGGUCAGCGAAGAUGAGCAAGUCUUCAUGGUCCUCACAGCAUCGGGUGUUGGAUCGGAUUUCCUCCCGAAACACUAUCUUCUAAAUGUGGAUAGUUCCCAUUGCUCUGUCCAGCGCGUCCUUUCUGAGGGCACAGCUUGCUUCUGGGCGGCGGGCGAGCACAACGCAAAUGAGCUCCCAGAGGACUGGAAGUGUCUGUUCAAAAUGCAAAAGCUUAAAUCAUUCCUGGCAGUUCCAAUUAAGGUUGGGGGCCAGCUCGUUGGCGUUCUGAACGUCGCCCUCGUCAUAGAAGUGGAUGAACAGAAACACUGGUGGGGCCUUCAGCUGCGGCUACUGGCUGCCGUGCUGGCGCAGCAUUUUCAUGACGCACACCUGCGAUCCAAAAUCAGCUGGUUACAGAGCAUUGCAAAGCAGGAGACGGUUGAGCAGCUGAGCAUAGCAAUUCUCAAGGGCCUGACGGGCAUCUUCGAUGCGCUGCAAGACCUAUCCUUCUACAUUGCAUUGGUUCUGCCGGGUAGACCGUGCGCAAUUAUGUUUGCGCUGAGCCACGAGUUGGUGAUGGAGACGGCAAUGGGGGAGCGCAGAUCGCCUGACUACAGGGAGCGCGUGGCGAUGCAUGGCUUCAUGUCGAGCGAGACGCUGCUGGAAAACGCUCUUGCGACGGGCCAGGUGAUGAAAGUGGCCAACAUGCGCCGCUACCUGCGGCUGUACAAGACUGGCGCUGACGUGGCAAUUCUGUACAAGCUGGAAGGGCGCUCGCCCGCCAGCGCCAUGGUCCUGCCACUGGUGGCACCCGAUGCGGCGCGGAUUGGGGGCCUAUAUGCGAUCUCUAGGACCGCUACGGAUUUCGGCAUGGUGCGUCGCGAGCUGAUGGACCUUGUGAAGCUCAUGGUGCCCACGUUACAGCAAAAGCUGUAUGCGGAGCUCAGCAAGAAGCUCAUAGAAGUCAGCGAGGUCUGGUGGACGUUAUGUGGAAGUCCGAAUGGUGCUGUAUACAAGCAGGGCUGUAGCUGCAAGUUCGAGUGUCUCUCCGCCACGGGCACUAUGGCCAAGGACGAGCUGGCUACCAGCGACAGCGCCACCCUGGAGUCCACCAAGGACCUGGUGCUGGGCACAAGGCCCGAGAAGGACGCGCUGAUUGCGGAGCUGCAAGAGCAGAUUAGGAGGCAGCUGGCAAAGGUUUACAAGGGGCACCCGGAUCCAGGGCCGAACAACCUGCUAGAGGACCUGGAGGUUUAUGACGAGUUGGGGCGGGGAGGUUACGGCACCGUGUAUCGGGCGAUUUAUAAGGGUCAGCUGGCGGCGGUAAAGGUGGUGUGCGACCGCGAUGUAGAUAACGGCUCCCUCAACGGGGCGCUGGAGUUGGCGUUGCUCACCUCCAUCAGCCACCCCAACAUCAUUCAGAUCCACACCUACUACGCCGAUGUGCCGCUUAACUGCAUCAAGUUCGUUCGUGGGCACAACAACCCGACCAGCCAGCGAGAGGCAAAGGAGGCCGCUGCUGGCGGUGGCGGCGGGCUCGGGGGCCGCGCUGCAGGAGGCGGCGGAGCCGUGGGUGGAGGGCUUGGCGGCGGCAGCGGCAAGGAGGCUGGCAGCGGCAAGCUCAACCGGCCAGGAGAGCAGAAUUGCCAGGUGGUUUUGGUGAUGGACUAUUGCGACAUGGGCUCCCUGGCGGAUGUGCUCAACACCAGCUUGCUACGCCACCACGCCGGCAAGGUGGCCAUGCCGGCUAUCCUGCACUGCCUGCUGGAGGUGGCGUCGGCGCUGCACUACCUGCACUCCAUUGGCAUCGUGCACUAUGACCUCAAGCCCGAGAACGUGCUGCUCAAGUCGUCCACCAUUGACAGUCGGGGAUUCAACUGCAAAAAGUGCUGUUCUGGCCUUCUCCCCUCUGAUCUGGUCUGCUUCCGUCUUGAGUAUUUAGAGGGAGACCAUGAAUCGUGCUUUACGCAGGUUGCGGACUUUGGGCUGUCCAAUAUCGUGUCGGACAACAGCUACUUUAACAAGCACGCGGAGGGUACCAUCACCCACCUUGCACCCGAGGCCAUGCAGCCCAACGGGAAACUCACUAAGGCAGUGGACGUGUAUGCGUUUGGGAUCAUGAUGUGGGAGCUGUAUACCGGACUUCGGCCGUACACGGGUUAUCGUACCAUUGACGUUGCGGUCAAGGUGUCUAAAGAGGGGCUGCGGCCCGAGUUCCCCUCCUCCACGCACCCCUCGUUCAAGGAGCUGGCCCAGCGCUGCUGGCAGGGCGACCGGCGGUUGCGUCCCACGUUCCGACAGGUGAUGGAUCGCAUUCAUGAGAUGCUCAAGGAUCACGAGCUCAUGGGCCGCGAGUCGUUAUUGACGUUGUCAUCGUCUGCGGCUAGGCUGCCCGUGUACCCAGAGUACCUGCAGGAUGCGGCCGACAACGAGUUCCCGCUCCAUAUCCUCUAG